CGGUGCGGAGUCGCGGAUGCCGCGGCGCAGAGCUGACUGCUUCGGGUAUUAGCACAAAACAGAGGAUCGGACUCAUUUACAUCUAACUGGAGAACCGCGGAGAACGGACAAGCUGGAGCAGAUCACGGUGAAGUAAGAAAUCAAAUGAUCAUUGCUCCAGAGGAGCAACAGAGAGCGAUUGGCUAACGAGCUAAUUAUCUAGCUACACUGGCUGGCUAGUAGUUAGCGAAACAGAGCUGGUAACUAGCAAGGUGUUCAACAAGCUUAACAGCACAGAAGCUGGAAGACCGAACCUUAUUACGCACCGAUGGAUAAUCUGUUUAUGUUGUUUUAAAUACCAUUUCACAAAGAAAGCCUUUCUGAACUUAUCAGGGUCAGUAGAACUCCAGUAUAAUAUUUUAUCAAAGGAAGCGUUGGGUCAGAUAACAUUGGAUCAGAUAUCCCAUACACAUUAGGCCAUAUAUUGAGUAUCGUUAGAUGUUUUUUGCUCUUUAUUUCUGCAAAUGGCUUGUUGUUUGAAGGACGAGCUUCUAUGCUCCAUUUGUCUGAGUAUUUACCAAGACCCCGUCAGUUUCGGGUGCGAGCAUUACUUCUGCCGCAAGUGCAUCACGGAGCACUGGAGCCGGCAGGAACACCACAGCGUCCGGGACUGUCCGGAGUGCCGGCGGACCUUCGCCGACCCGCUGCUCUCCCCCAGCCUGAAGCUGUCCAACAUCGUGGAGCGGUACUCCGCGUUCCCGCUGGACGCCAUCCUGAGCGCGCAGCGGAGCUCGCACCCCUGCAAGGACCACGAGAAGGUGAAGCUCUUCUGCCUCACCGAUAAGAGCCUCGUGUGCUUCUUCUGCGACGAGGCCGCGCUGCACGAGCAGCACCAGGUGACCACCGUGGAUGAGGCCUUCGAGGAGUUACAGAGGGAGAUGAAGGAGCAGCUGGCCAGCCUGCAGGACAGUGAGCAGGGCCACACUGAGGCCCUGCGGCUUCUACAGAGGCAGCUCACGGAGACCAAGUCGUCGGCGAAGGGGCUGCGGGCGACGAUCGGCGAGGCGUUCGAGCGGCUGCACCGCUUCCUGCGCGAGCGGCAGAAGAGCAUGCUGGAGGAGCUGGAGGCGGACACGGCGCGCACGCUCUCCGACAUCGAGCAGAAGAUCCAGCGCUACAGCCAGCAGCUGCGCGACGUCAGGGAGGGCAUCCUCAUCCUGCAGGAGCGGCUGGCCGACACCACGCAACAUCACUUCCUGGAGAGCGUCGCACAGACCUCCGAAAGAAUCAAAGGGAAGAUCCACGAGACCAAUCUCACCUAUGAAGACUUCCCCACCUCGAAGUACAUGGGCCCCCUGCAGUACAGCAUCUGGAAGUCUCUCUUCCAGGACAUAACCCCAGUGCCUGCUGCCCUGACCCUUGACCCCAUCACGGCCCACCAGCGCCUCAUCCUGUCGGACGACUGCACCAUCGUCGCCUACGGCAACCUGCAUCCCCAGCCGCUGCAGGACUCGCCCCGCCGCUUCGACGUGGAGGUAUCGGUGCUGGGGGCGGAGGGCUUCGGGGGUGGGGUGCAUUACUGGGAGGUGAUGGUGUCAGAGAAGACCCAGUGGAUGAUCGGGGUGGCCAGCGAGACGGUCAGCCGCAAGGGCAGCAUCCAGAUCCAGCCCAGCCGCGGCUUCUACUGCAUCGUCAUGCACGACGGCAACCAGUACAGCGCCUGCACCGAGCCCUGGACCCGCCUCAACGUCCGCAGCAAGCUGGAGAAGGUGGGCGUGUACCUGGACUACCCCAAGGGCCUGCUGGUCUUCUACAAUGCCGAGGACAUGUCCUGGCUCUACACCUACAGGGAGAAGUUCGUCACCAAGCUGUACCCCUACUUCAGCCCCGGCCAGAGUCACGCCAACGGCAAGAACGUGCAGCCUCUCAGGAUCAACACUGUCCGGCUGUAGGCACGCAGGCUGGAGCGGGAUGGCGGGGAAUUGGGGCUGAACCACGCUCACUCACACAGAGCAGAUACGGGGCUGGUGAGACUCUGAGCCAGGCCAGGCCAGGCCA